AUGUCGAUUCCUAUUCUAAACAAAAAUCAUACAACACAACAUUCUUUUCCUUUAUCAUGGAUGGAGGAUGAUUACGACGAGGAAGGUAGUACAUUAUCCAUGCAGGGCUCCUUUCUCGUGAUCAACAAGGCAUGGGAACACAACAACAACAACAACAACAAUUUCGAUCCUCGUCAAGAAGAAUAUGACCAUGCUGGCCUAGUGACAACUCCUCGUUUAAUGUCAUCGAGAAGCGUCAGUGUUAGUACCAGCAGCAGUAUGGAUGAUGAUUGUAGUAGUAGUAUUAGUAGUAGUAGUAGUGAUAGUGAUAAUGAUACCAUGAUCAACAUCAGUGCUUCUUCCAUGAGAGAUUCUUUUCUACAUGUGGACCUUGCAGCAAGUACAGCAAACGACUCGGGUCGUGCACAGCAUCAUCCUUAUGCCCGAUGGACCCAUGAGACCCAAACAGGGGCAAGACAACCACGUUGGUCAUUUACUACUACUACUGCUGCUGCUGCUGCUGCGGCUUUAACUCGGCCAUUGUGCGGCAACAAUAGCACCAAUAAUAUCGGGCCAUACGACUUGGCACUACUACAAGAAGAGGAUAGAGAAGCCUUCCAAGAUGGUGAUGUUGAUGUGGAUGAUGAUGAUGACGACGAUCAAACGGUGGUGGAUAAGGAUGAACAAGAACAAGAACAAUUUGAAAAACAAAUACCUGACAAACCCCUGCGUCGACCCUCCCUCCUUUCAGCAUUAUUACUUGGUGGUAGCCACACGGUGGUCAAUGGUAGCUCUCCUCCGGUUCAUUUAACCUGUGAGGAGAACAAGGAGCAGCAGCCGCAGCAGCAGCAUCAUCCAGCACUCGAUUAUUGCAAAAAGAACAUCAUCAACAACAACAACGAUAAUUUGUCAUCAAGCCUUCAAUAUUGCGUUGAUUGGGAGCAACUUCAAAACGCAGGACCCCUCUUUAUUACAACAACUUUGAUAUCCCAGCAACCUGCUGAACAAAUGGCAACAAGUCAUUCUACCUUACAUUAUCGACUUGAGCCAUUCCAGAGUGGGUGGUGGUAA